CGACCCUCAUGCACAGAGUCGCCCUCAGAAACUCCAUGCGCGCGGCUGCGCUGGCCGCUCCUAGGAGCGCCGGCCGCGUAGCCCCCGCGAUGUGUCGCUCGUAUGCAACGGCGAAGGCUGCUGCGUCUGAGGUGUCCUCCGUCCUCGAGACCCGCGUUUCUGGCUCCUCCCUGGGCGUGGACGUUGAGGAGACCGGCCGUGUCCUCAGCGUCGGUGAUGGUAUUGCACGCGUAUGGGGCUUGAGAAACGUCCAGGCCGAGGAGAUGGUGGAAUUCGCGUCGGGCGUUCGCGGCAUGUGCCUGAACUUGGAGGCCGACAACGUCGGUGUCUCCAUCUUCGGUAACGAUCGUCAGAUCAGGGAGGGCGACACCGUCAAGCGUACCGGCCAGAUCGUCGACGUGCCCGUUGGUCCCGAGUUGCUCGGCCGUGUCGUCGAUGCUCUCGGAAACCCCAUCGAUGGCAAGGGUCCUAUCAACACCUCGGAACGUCGCCGUGCUUCGCUUAAGGCCCCCGGUAUCUUGCCGCGUCGCUCCGUCAACCAGCCCAUGAUGACUGGCAUUAAGCCCAUCGACGCCAUGGUGCCCAUUGGCCGUGGCCAGCGUGAGCUGAUCAUCGGUGACCGUCAAACCGGUAAGACCGCUGUCGCGAUCGACACUAUCCUCAACCAAAAGAGGUGGAAUGAUGGCAAGGACGAGGAGAAGAAGCUCUAUUGUGUCUACGUCGCCAUUGGCCAGAAGCGUUCUACUGUAGCACAGCUCGUCAAGACGCUCGAGGAGAACGACGCUAUGAAGUACACGAUCAUCGUCGCUGCUACUGCGUCUGAGGCCGCUCCUCUGCAAUACCUUGCUCCCUUCUCUGGGUGCGCCAUGGGUGAAUGGUUCCGUGACAACAGCAAGCACGCCCUCAUUAUCUACGAUGACUUGUCCAAACAGGCUGUUGCCUACCGUCAGAUGUCUUUGCUGCUUCGUCGUCCUCCCGGUCGUGAGGCCUACCCCGGUGACGUCUUCUACCUGCACUCUCGUCUCCUUGAGCGUGCCGCAAAGAUGAACGACAAAUUCGGCGGAGGAUCGCUCACUGCCCUUCCCAUCAUUGAAACCCAGGGUGGUGAUGUGUCUGCAUACAUCCCGACGAACGUUAUCUCGAUCACUGACGGCCAGAUCUUCUUGGAGGCUGAGCUCUUCUUCCGUGGUGUCCGUCCCGCCAUCAACGUCGGUCUGUCCGUCUCCCGUGUCGGUUCGGCUGCCCAAACCAAGAUCAUGAAGAAGUUCGCUGGUUCGCUCAAGCUCUACCUUGCGCAGUAUCGUGAAGUCGCUGCUUUCGCGCAGUUCGGUUCCGAUCUGGAUGCGUCAACUCGUUUCCUGCUCUCCCGUGGUGCUCGCCUCACCGAGCUGCUCAAACAAGGCCAGUACCAUCCCCUGUCCAUGGAGAUUCAGGUCCCCAUUAUUUACGCUGGUGUCAACGGUCUUCUCGACUCCGUCCCUGUUGACAAGAUCACCAAGUGGGAGGCCGAGUUCCGCUCGCACUUGACCUCUGCGCAAGGUCCGCUUCUGCAGGAGAUCUCGGCUGGCCAGAUCAACCCUGAGCUGGAGGCGAAGAUCAGGAAAGUUGUGGAGGAUCACGUCUCGUCGUUCACAUCAUAGAAUGUUAAUUGCCUGUGAGGUCCAAAAUGGUCUGUUUUCACACUACGCAUCCGUCUGUUUUCAUGAUGCCAAUGAAAUAGGAUGGUUGUAAAACCUAGCUUGUAUUUCAGAAUAUAAAUUGCUGAGACACUCUUAUACAACAGUGG